AUGACUCUUCGCAUCACAGUCCUCCCAGCCUCAAGCAAGGCCGGAAAAGAGACUAUCCGCAACUUGCUCGCAUCGGAUUCCAAGCCCUUGAUUCACGGUAUCUACCGCGAUCUUUCCAAGAUUCCUGCUGAGUUUUCAAACCAUGAACGGUUCGAGGCCACACAGGGCGAUGUGGCAAGCGGAAUAGGGCUCGACUUUUCUCACUCUGAUGCCGUGUUUUAUGUCCCACCACCGACCUACGAUGGAACCGAUCAGGGAGAGUGGGGCGUUAAAACCGCUACUCAUGUCAAGGAAGCCCUUGAGAAAUCCCCCAACGUUAAGAAGCUGCUCCUGUUCUCUUCCAUGGGUGCCCAGUACGACCAUGGCAUCGGUCUAUUGCGCUUGAACCACAUUUCGGAUAACAUUCUCAAGGACUCGGUGCCCGAGGUGGUCAUUGUCAAGCCGGGAUAUUUCCAAGAGAACUGGUCUCAUGCCUUUGAGACGACUCAAGCAGAGCCACCCGUCAUCUACUCCGUGAUUACGCCUCUGGACCACAAGAUUCCUAUGGUGAGCAUUAGAGAUAUCGGCCGGGCUUGCGCAGACGCCCUGCUCGCAGCUCCGAAGGACGUCAGCCCUUACUUCUUUGACCUAUACGGCCCCAGACACUACAGCGCACUCGACGUCAAGGAAGCGGUCGAGGAAGUCACCGGCAAGAAGGUCAAUGUCAUUCCUAUUGAGAAGGAUAAUCUUGCAGAGUUCUUCGCUCGGGAGAUCCCAACCGCUCAUAUCGACGACUUUGUGGGGAUGACGACUUCUGCCCUCCCUGGUGGCAUCAUGGCGGGUGAUUUCGGCACCAAUGAGAGGACUGUCCAAGGAAAGGUUGAGCUGGUCGAGGCUCUGAGGCCCUUGUAUACGCAGUAG